AUGAGAGGAUUAAUUGUUAGAUUCCGAUUUUCUGAAUAAGUUUCAAUUUAACAGCCAAUACAAUUGAAAAGAUUUUAUAAGGAAGCAACCAUUGAAAUGGCCACUAAUCCUACUAAUCCAUAUCAUCAAUGGCUGGUGAAAUUAGAUGGAAAGACAGUAAAAACACCUUCAAAAAAUACGUUGGCUGUCCCAUCCCCUCAGUUGGCAUCGUUUAUUGCUCACGAAUUUAAUAUGCAAACUGAAUACAUAAGGCCAACAACUAUGCCACUUUUAACUUUAGCUAGAAAUGCAAUUGACAUUGAGGCAGAUGAUAGAAUCAGAUAAUUUAUGGAAUAAUCAAUUAUUAGUUAUUUAGAGAGGGAUACAGUCUUAUUUAGAGAGAAUCCAGAAACUAAAUUAUAUAAAAUUCAGAAAGAAAAAUUAGAUCCACAAUUGAAAAUCUUUAACGAGAAAUUCGGAUUGCAUUUGAAAACCAAUUUCGGAUUAAACAUAGAGCCUUUGAAAUAAUACGAUCAGAUUAGAAUAGAAACAAUAGUGAGUGAGUUAAAUAAUUGGCAAUUGGUGAGCUUGGAUGCAAAAGUUGAAAAUCUAAAAUCCUGUAUUUUAGCAUUACUAAUUUGGAAUAAUCAUUUGCAAGUAGAGGAGGCAGUGAAAUUGUCCAGAUUAGAGGAGGACUUCUAAAUUGCACAGUUUGGAAAAGUUGAGGGUCAUCAUGAUUAUGAUGAGAAUACUAUCAUGAUGAAUGUAUCAGCUUCCAAACUGUUUGCAUAAUUGAUUUAGACUUAAAGUAUCGCCUAUUGA